AUGAACACAGCAUUCCAGGCAUCGCAAGAACCAAGGAAACAGAAAAGACACAGAAUUUCCCUUAGUUGCGUGCCGUGCCGCAUCAAGAAAUCCAAGUGUUCACGAGGCACGCCGUGCGACCAGUGCGUCAAGCGCGGCGUCGAGUGCAAAUACCAGACUCCCGUGUGGACCCAAGCUGAACAGGAUGAGUCGUUCGGCGUGCAUCGUUUUGUGAAUACCGUGAGCGCGCCGAGUGCCGUUGGUGAUCGGCCUUUGAAGAGGAAACGGCUUACGUUGAGCAAGAAGGAAACAUCGACGGGCGGUGGUUAUCUGCGGAAAGGCCACGGUGAUGAUGAUGAUGAUGAUGAUGAUGGCGUGGAGGCGUCGUUGAAGGAGCAGUUGAGUCUGCUUCGGGCUAAGUUGAGGGAGAUUGAGGCGCAUAUUAAGCACGAUGGUGCGCGAUUAGAGAAACCGGUGGACUCCUACAAUGACGACGAUGAUGAUGAUGAUGAUGAUGGUGCAGGUGAGAUAUUGUCACGUCGGCAAGUUUCCGGUGCAUUUGGACGGUCGAAAAAUCCCACAUUUGUCGGCAUAAACCCCUACCAUGAAGGCAGAAACGAGACCAUCAGCUUUUACGAAGGCUAUUCUGCAGUGCACGAAAGGGACCUCUCGCGAAGGAUGAACCAUGGCCCCUUUUCAUGGCUCUCUAUCCUCAAAAGGGACCCCGCCAUGAACAAUACUUGGAAAUACCUCCAAAAGCUCCGGUCGGAGAACAAACGUGUCAUUGACGAAACCCCGCGGUAUUCCAGGAUACCUGCGAGUGUAACCGACAAGGAUUCACCUGGCGCAAACCAUGAAGAUCAAGUGAGAGACGGGGGCGGGGGCGCGUGUCAUCUGAACGAUGACGAGUUUCGCGAGAAAACGCUCGAUGAGCAAGGGUUCAAUGACGUGCGAUUGUAUGGUAAUGUAAGGACAAAUUUCAAGCAGCUGAAUUCGAGAAGAGGAUGUCUGGGUUUGGGUUUGACGGGGGAUGAAGCGGGUAACGGGGUGGCGAAUCUUUGCGACGACAGAGGAAGGCGGAUUUAUUUGAAAAGGAAAGCUCAUUUAGAGACGAAGGAGGACUCGCAACAUGCGAUUCAUCUGGAGAAACAAAGUUCCUUGCAGUCGCCACUGCUGCUGCAGCAACAGCCCCCACCACCACCCUACUCUUUGGAUCAUAUUGAUCCGCAUCGUCGAGGCAAAAUCGAAGAGGAGCUCAAGUUGAUUGAGUGCGUCCUGAAAGUCUUGCCCAAGCAAAAAGUCAUUUGGCUUUCGAUUGAUUAUUUUUUCAAAUACAUUUACCCCUAUAUGCCGAUUUUGGAUGAAUCCAACUUCACACAAGAGAUUGAGAAAUUGAUUGGUAAAAAAGAGUUCAACGACGACGAGGUUGAAUUAAAGAUUGAAAAAAGAUUGGAUUUUGCCUUUUUAUCAGCUUUACUCAUCAUCUUGAGAUUGAACUACAUCUCGCUCAUUUCAAACAGAUGCGGUAUCAACGAAGCAAACAUGAACAAAAGGACCACCGAAAAUGCAAGCACAGCUGGUGGAAAUCUGGAAAAAUGUGCCAAAGAUGUAGAUGAUUUGAGUUAUUUAUUGCAAAAUCCCGUCGACGCCAAAGUUAUGGCCAUGGCAGAGCUUUGUCUCGAUCAAUUCGACUUGUACCGCAGAACUUCUUUAAUCGUGCUACAAAGCACUUUUUUGUUAAAGAUGUUCCACAUGUUUUCGCCUGAGGAUGGCGACGGUACCGAUGGCGGAGACUCGCAAGUGCACAACGGGUUGACUAUCCAAAUGGCAAUCGGAGUUGGUCUCAAUCGAGAUGCAGAUUUCUUACCGGAUUGCGACCAGGACCCUAAAUUGCACAACUUGUAUCGGAAAAUUUGGUUCUUCACCAUUAUCUUUGACUUGAUCCAGGGUUACCAAUACGGGAACCCAUUGGUUAUUCAUGAUCGGAUGUACGAUACAAAGUUGCCGUUUUACCAGCGGGGCAACGAGAACAUUUUGGAUGUCAAGAUGGAGAAACACGUGAUUGCGGCAUUUGCAUAUUUCGAAAAAUACCACGAUAAGCUCCUAGCGAUAUUGGAAAACUGUUUGGAUUUAAAGCAUCGAGUGCAGUUAAAGAAAUUAACUGGUUGCAUUACCGAGUUUGAAGUAUUUUUAAAGGACAACUAUGGCGUGUUGAAUGAUUUUUUGGUCCCCUUUGACCCAAACAGGGACCAGUACCCGUUUUCAAAAGUUAUGAAGUGCAAAAACUACAUCAACAUGAAGAUGUUUUUGAACGUGACGUUUUUCCACUUAUACUUGCACUAUGAAAACCAGUUGCAGAAGUCAUCGGACACCACCGUGAAUCGGUUAGCUUUGUUUUAUUUCAAAAAGAUUAUGGCUGUUUGUUAUGGAGAGUUUUUCCCCGCGAUUUUCAAGUUGCUCUUGGACGGAGCCAAGAAUUUUGGAACGGGUAUUGCGACAGAUAUGAUCUUGAACCCGACUGUGUUGUCGAUGGUCCACAAGCUUUCGCUAGUGAAUUUUGCCAUUUUACUACGGUUAAACACGGCGGUGUUUUUGUUGAAGCAAAAUGACAUUCAACAUAAUUUCGGGUUGCAAAAUGACCCCAACUAUAGACUACGAUACGCUAAACUCGUCAAGAUGAGUAAAUUGGUGCAGAAAAUGUCCGAGAUUUGCCUUCUGGCCAUGUCGAGGUUGAGUCAGCGGUAUUACUACGCGUGGAGGGUAACCAAAGCCCACACUUUUAUCAUGAAGAAUAUCAUCUUGAAAGAUGAUUAUUACAAAAACAUUGCCAAGGAUAAAUUGGUUUCGUUCUUGCCGUGCAGCGAUGAAGAGUUGGGUGAGCUCAGUUUGAUUUGUGAGACGAGUUUGAAAAACUAUUCCAAGUUUAAGGUGGGCGACAAUCUAGAAGCGGUGGAUCUUAUAUGCGGUAAGAAUAACCAUUGUCCCAACGAAAAGCACCACGCCAACGAUAAACAACAACCACACGAAGAAACUGCCCUACUACAACCGCCAACGCGAGCGCAAGCUGAUUUGAAGGUAGUCCUCGAUAAUCAUUUGAACAAACCAGGCGUACUAGACCACCCAUCGACGCAUACUCAAACUUCCAACACGUCGGUCUUUGGAAACGAGGAUACGGUGCCCGUAUUAGCGAACCCCUUGUCGAAUGAAUCAUGGUCGGAUAUCGACGAUUUCAAAUUUCUCAACAACGACGAGAUUGAUAAUCUCUGGAUAGCGAUGAAGAUGAAGACUGACCCUUCGACGGGCGGGCUUGCGUCGUCGGCCAAUGUCGACAAUGCCAAUUUGUUUGGAGCGCAAUUUGCAUCUUUGCCGCCGUCUGUCGUGACUCCCGUUUAUCAGAGUGGCUUGUCUCCGCAGGUGGUGAGUGCACCGCCGGAUGUAGUACAUGCGGGCGCAACGCCAGCUAGCGGCAGGAAUGAGCCAGCUGGUGGUGGUGGAGAGAUGAAGACUUGGCGCACGUGGAAUGAGUUUGAUUUAUUCAAUGCUUUGUCUCUUGAAGAAAUGUUGGGAUUAAGUAACAAUCAAUAG